AUAUAAAUGGCACCUUCACCUCGUUUCGUUGAAACAAAGGUUCUCUUUCAACUUCUACAAUUUUCUCUUUUCAACACCCCACCCCAAAAAAGGAAAGAAAAAAAAAAUUUGGUUUUCAUGUGCUUACUCAACAAGGUGGCGCAUCAAAGAGGUUCAAGUGAGUACUCCAGGUUUCCAACCGCCGGAGAUGGUGGCGGUCCUAAAGAUGAACAAGAAGAGUAUUCCCAGUUGUCUCAAAUCCAACAAAUGAGCCAUCCAAUGAUGCAACACAGGAACCAAGCUGAAAUGUUUCUGGGACAACAAGGUCAAUCAACCGAGAUGUCUGCAAUGGUGUCUGCCCUCGCCCAUGUUGUGUCGGGUCAAAGGGUAGCUGCUGAUUGGGGUCACGGUGCUUGCAUGAUAGCAGGCAACGUCUCGUCUGGUUUUGCACUCAGCAGCUCAUCGGCUGAUUCACCCUCCGGUUGUGGUUCGAGUUCUGGUGUAUGGGUUGGUCAAAAACGAGGGCGUGGAGAUGAGACUAGUGCUCAGCUGAUCGAGUCUGCACCAAGAGGGGUUCAAAGAACUUUUGCCGAUUCAUCAUCACCUGCAACAUCCGUUGGUGAAGAAAGUACGAGCGUUGUUGCAGCGACAGCAGAAACAGCAGCAGCAGCAGCAUCAAAUGAAGAAACCGGGGAGCGAAGAAGACGAUAUAGAGGCGUAAGGCAAAGGCCAUGGGGGAAAUGGGCGGCAGAAAUACGUGAUCCUCACAAAGCAGCAAGAGUUUGGCUCGGCACCUUUGAUACCGCAGAAGCCGCCGCUAGAGCAUACGAUGAAGCCGCUUUGAGAUUCAGGGGAAACAGGGCCAAAUUAAAUUUUCCCGAACUUGUCAGGGCUGUUCCUCAACCAACCCAGAAUUUUCCCGCUACCCAAACACCUGCUCCUAGUUCUCUGCCAGCCCAUUAUCAAUCAUCUCAUCCCACGCCAUUUCCGUCGUUUUACCAACCCCAAGCUCUUCCGAGCUCCACCGCAGACAUGUUGAGGGAUUACUGGCAGUACUCUCAGCUGUUGCAGAGUUCUGCUGGUGUCCAUGGGCAACAUGAUAAGAGCUUGAUGGAACAGAUGAUUCAAUCCUCUCAAUUGCCUAAUAUUCAACCCCCGUUAUUAUCUUCUUCUUUCUCACCUUUCCCUUCCUCUUCUCCUGCUUCCGGUUCUUCAUCUUCCUCCUCUGCUUAUUUUCCUCCGCUUUUCGCCGAGAAUCAACAAAUGAGCAUUUCCAGAAACCCAUCCAAUCAAACUCAGGCAAGUGGAUCAGAUUUUCCAGUGCCACCGUGGUCUCAUCCUGGUCAUUAUCCUCCAUCCACCGGUUCAUAAUAAUCCCAUUAUUUUAUAACCUAAAAAAUAUAUAUAUAUAUAUAUUUUAAAAAAAAUCUUAUCACUUUUUUAUUUUAUUGUUUUGUCGAACAUGUUUCUUUU